UCUUCCCUUCCGGUUGGGGUCAGCCUUGUGCUUCCGGGUCACGGGGACGCUGGGCGCUAAGGUGGGGAGUCCGAGGCGGGACCUGGGCCCUGAUAUGGAUAACAGACGUGAUGAGAAAUGUGGAACACCAUGCGCUACAUCUCAGGAAGAGAUGAAAGUCAGAGGGAAAGACAAGAGAAAGCGAAAACGCAGCAGAAGCAGAUCAUCGUCCAUUUCAUCAACAUCAUCUGCUAGUACUACUACUACAUCCUCCUCGUGCUCUUCAUCAAGAUCUUCCUCCUCAGCAAGCAGCAGAAGCAGUUCAAGUGGCAGAGAUUCUCCCAAGUCUAAAUCAAAGAAAAGGAAAAAAGAAAAACGUAACAAAAAGAAGAGGAAAAAAGAGAACAAGCUGAAGAAAAAGAAAGAAAAGAAAAAAAAGAGAGAGAAAUCAGGACCUGUCCAGCUUUCCAAGUACCUUAAAGACAAAAAGAAGACUGAAAACUACAGUAUGAUAACAGGAAAAAAAAUUAAGAUGAAAAUAAAGAAGAGUAAAAAGGAUAAAGAGAGAGACCGAAACCGUGCUGAACUCCUUGAUUUCCUAAACUCUGCCUUGUAAUAGAAAGAGUGCCAAGCAAGGACUUGUAAAUCUCCCAAGCCAACCAGUCAUCAUGCCUAGCAAAACACAAAGGAAACUCAGGGAAAAGGGCACCAUUUGUGACAAGACCAGGCUCUUAUGCUGUGAAGACAAUCAGUGUCCUUUAUAAUUGGCAAAAUGAAGAGUUACUGCUAACUUGUUUAUUAAUAUCCAUGUCCUCCUUUUGAGAUCCUAAGGUAAUAUCCAAGUUGCAAUGUUGUAUGAGUGCUUAAAAUCUGUUGCUGAUGAUGAUCUGAAGUGAAAUGACAUUAUUGUACUUCAGCGUAUCAAAUACAUCCCAGAGCUGCAUGCAGAGCACACAAUUAAUUUCAAACGUCUGUAAUGUUUGCAAUAGCUGAAACAAAGCAGAGUACUUGUAGGUCAUCUGCUUGAAAAAUUAGGUGUUCCUGUAUAUAUCUUCCUUAGUGGUGAUUUUAUUUGUUUUAAAGAUGACGAUGACUCUUUGUGAAUAGUACAUCUACAGAAAUGAAUAUCUUUUUUAACAGUCAUUCUUCAAUAUGUUGCUUUCUCAAAAAAUUUGAGACUCAAGCCUUCUCACAGAUGUUUAUUACCAUUUGUCAAAACUUGGUAACAAAUUUUAAUUAAAAUAUUCUAGAGUAAUAAAAA